AUGAAAAGGACCCUUGUUUACAGCCUGAGAGCUGGAACAAGAAGGCAGAGCAUUGCUUGGUUUGAGAGCAUGCGAGAUGGGCAAUUGAAGUUUUUCACUGUGAUAUAUCAGUUAUGUGCGUGCUCUGAUACAUCUGGUCCUACUAUGAGGUACUUGAGAACCAGCCAGGAUUUCUUAUAUUCUCAGUUGCAACAUCUACCUUUUUCUAACAAAGAAUAUGAAAUAUCUAUGCUGAACCAAAUGUCAUGGCUUAUGAAGACUGCCUCAAUAGAACUAAGAGUAACUUCUCUGAAUCGUCAACGGUCACAUACCCAGAGGCUACUACACCUCUUAUUGGAUGACAUGCCAGUGAAACCAUACUCAGAUGGUGAAGGAGGAAUAGAAGAUGAAAAUAGGUCUGUCUCUGGGUUCCUUCACUUUGACACUGCUACAAAAGUACGUCGAAAAAUUCUAAGUAUUCUUGACUCGAUUGACUUCAGUCAGGAGAUUCCUGAGCCUUUGCAGCUGGAUUUUUUUGAUCGGGCCCAGAUUGAACAAGUUAUUGCUAAUUGUGAACAUAAGAAUUUACGGGGACAGACUGUCUGCAAUGUCAAG